GUGCUGAAGACUUGGAGGGACAAUCCUAGUCAGCAGGUCUUACACACGCUUGUAUGUGUGUGUAUAUGGAGCUGAAACUUUCCUAGAGACAAGCUCACACAGUUUCUUCCCUCCUCUUUUCUUCUGUCUGGCUCUCCUCUUUCUCCUUUUCCCUCCUCCAGCACACCUUUGUGUUGUUUACCUUGCCCCUCUUCCUCUCCCCUCCCUCUUCAGCCUCACUAAUUUUGUCUCUGCUCUGUGUGGUUAGGGUGCAAGCUAAAACUGUACAGGGUGGGAUGUUGCUGAUGCUACAGCUGUUUGGGCUCUAUGCCUCCUCCAGGGCCCACUGAAGAAAAUAAGGCUGCAAUUGUGCUGAGGAACUUGAACACAACACCCUGAGGAACCUACAACUAUCACUUUUUUUAAAUCCCUGUUUUCCUCAUCAGUCAGUUCAAGAAAAAAACAAUGAGGACCAAGUUGAAUCAAUUGGUUGCACAGUUCUUUCUCUUAGGAGUGUUGCUACCUGUGGUGGACAGUAAAGGAACUUUCUAUGGAAGUCAUGCCAACCUAUUCUAUGGAAGCAGGUACAACUUGUUCAAGGCUGGACUCAACCCUCACCAGUUACCAAACAAGCCCAUGACCCGUCACAAAAACCACUGUGCCUAUGUGGUGCAGAAGAACAUCACGUGCAUGUUGCAGGAUGGAGUGGCUACCUAUGUAAAAGCUGAGUACACCACCACGUGCAUAAGGGGUCAGAAGUGUCCUGUUGUCAUGUACAGGACCUUCUACAAGCCAAAGUACAAGGUGGGUUUUAAGACAGUAACUGAGCUGGAGUGGAGAUGUUGCCCUAGCUACUCUGGAGAAAACUGCUUUGAUGGACCCACACCGCUGCCUGGUUUGCCCCAUGUCCCUCGACCCCCUGUGGACCAGAGGCCCGGAGGAGGCCAGCUGGAACCAGGCAAACCAUUCCCCUAUGUGCCUGACCACAGACCAAUACCCACAGGCCAACUGCCUGCUGGAAGUGGAAAACCACACUAUGGAAACAAAUUUGGGAUUUCUGGAGUCACUGGUGAACGUUUAGAUCGUAUGGAGAAUGACCUGCGUCGGCUCACUCAGGGUCUAGACACUCUGAAUGGGGUUGUGGCUGGCCUUGAGGAGCGACUGCGCACAUCUCUCCGGGAAGACACCAAGAAAGUCCUGGUGUCUCUGCUGCCCAGUCCUGCUCAUGUGCCUGGCUCUACUGUGGGUUUUGGCGUGAUCCCAGAUGGGACUCUGGCUGGACCAGAAGGAGAAGAAAGCUUCAUUGGAUUUGGAGACUUAGUAGGGAGAGUGACAGAAGUGAGGGAUGAGCUGCGAGCCAAGACUCACAUCUUAGAGGAGAUUCAGGGAAUGGUCGUGGGUCAUGAUGGCCAGAUUAAGACUCUGCUGGAGGGAGCCAAUGGGAAGUCCACCCCUGGCUCUCUACUGGACGAGAUCCUGGACACUAAGCUGGUGGGGGUGCGGGCUGAGAUCCUAGAUGGCUUUGAAAAACGUCUGACUGGUCUGGAGAACCAAUGUAAUGAGAAAAUUGGGGAAGUGCAGAGGCAGUGCCAGAAGGAGCACAUUGAUGGCCAGGAGCAGAUGCAGCAGUCUCUAGAUGGAAGAGAGUCUGGGCUCAGGGAGGAGUUGGGCACUUUGCAGGCUCAGAUCCAGGGACUGACCCUGACUGAGAGCUGCUGUGAACAGGUUAACAGCCUGUCCAAGCAUGUGCUGCAACUGGAGGAGUCAGUGAAAGAUUUGACAGAAUCUCAGAGACACCUUCAGACUGCUCUCACUGACCAGAGCAUCCAUGUGGAGACACUGAUUGAGACCCGUCUGGUGGAAAUAGAGGGCCACCUCAAUGCGACCGAGGGUGGAGCGUUCCCAGGUGGUCUGGAUGGCUUCAAGAAUACGAUAGAGGGCAGGUUGAAGACCCUGGAGGACAGAGUGUUUGUGGUUGUAGAAGAGUUGAGUAAUGCCACAUCCCCUGCACUCCUGGAGGGCCAGGUGGUCCCUGCACUGGAGACAGAGACAGCGUCUGUGAGGAGGAGACUGGAGGGGGAGCUGGAUGGCAUUCAGAAACAAUUAACAGACCUGGAGCUCCUCUGCACCUCCUCCUGCUCACCUGCCACUCCACCAGCAGGUGGUGUCAGUGUCACCCAAGUAGAGGAGGAAUGUGAUGGGAUGGAGAAGAAGAUGACAGAUCGUCUGGAUUCCCAUUCUAACCAGCUUGACCUCCUAAAUAACACCCUCCAGAACCUGCUUUUUAGGAUUGCUCAGGAGGACACAGAGGGCUCCAUCCAGGGAGAGAUCACCCUGCUGAAGAUCAACAUCAAUUCUGUGAACCGCACUCUGAAGGGUCUAAAGGACUCUAUUAGCUUCAUUGCAAGCGAAGUGGACCAUGCAAAUACCACCUGGGAGCAAAGAGAGCACCAGCUAGUCAACCAGGUGCAAGGAAUCACCAGACUAGUGGGCCACCAAGCAUCACUUCUGGGGGCCGGGGAGAGACGGCUGGCCCAGCUGAAGGAUGAGUUAGUGGCCUUGAAGAGGCGGUUGGCCGGAGAACUGCAGGGCUGCCGGAGCACAGCGGUAGAAGUACAAAGGGAGGUGAAGGAUGUUAAUAGCAGGGUGAGCCAGGUAGAGGGUCAGUGCAGCACCCUGGGGGAGCUGGCGGAGCAGCUGGAAAGGAUCAGGGCAGAGCUGGAGAAACACUCAGAUUUGUACCUGGCCCAGGCGAAUGGUACCUUGGUCAUCCAUUCAGAGCAGCUAGCUGAGCUGAAAGGUGAGGUCAAAGACUGUGUGGCCAAGGAAGCAGCCAACAAAAAAGGAGACCAGUAGCAUCUGAGCUACAGAAUAAAAAAAAAAAAAAGACCUGUGUGUGCUUCUCAUUAGGCUCAAAUGACUUCCUCUGCUGUUCUCCUCUCACUUUCAAAUGCCAUCUGUACAGAUGCAAAUUAAUUGAACCAGUGACAGUCAGUUUCACUAAGCUUUCCAUCUCACUACCCCCAGAUGUCGUGGGUAUCGAGUUCACUGAAAUGAGGAGAGGCAGACACAAACGCAAAGACACAUCUAUAGUUGUAUAGCUGGGCAGUAUAUUUUAUUGUGAUUUUUAUUCUAUAGGGCAUUUGAUUUUUUUUCUCUGAUUAUGAUUGUUUUUUCAUAUUCUAACUUUUUUAACUUAUAUGAAGUGACUGCAUUGUUAUGAUGUUAAACUGUUUGUAUUAGAAAAUAAAACAUAA